AUGCAAAAUUCAAAUUCAAAUAUAUCUGACGAUCAGAAAUUCUUGGAUUAUUUUAACGACGUGCCAAAUACAACCGACACAGUGAGGGACACAGUGCCAGUUUCAGAACAGGGUUUUGUUGUCUGUAUAUACAGCACUCUGUUCGCUGUGGGUGCAGUUGGAAACGUGUGUGUGUUUAUAUCUUUAGUGCGCUCGAGAAGAAGAAAAUCUAGAGUCAAUUUAUUAAUGACUCACCUAGUGGUUGCAGAUUUAAUUGUCAUCUUUAUUGUUAUCCCGCUUGAGAUUGGUUGGCGAACGACAAACGCGUGGUUGGCUGGUAAUACUGCGUGCAAAGUUUUUCUUGUUCUACGAGCAUUUGGACUUUAUUUAUCUUCAAACGUUUUAGUCUGCAUAUCUUUAGAUAGAUUCUUCGCCGUACUUUAUCCUUUGCGAUUAGCAGUGGCGAGGAAUCGUAGCAAGACAAUGCUGAUAUUCGCUUGGCUAGUAGCGUUCCUGUGCAGCUUACCUCAGGCUCUAGUUUUUCGCGUCAUGCAUCAUCCAACGGUCCCGGAUUUCCAGCAGUGCGUAUCCUUCGAUGCCUUCUCGAAUCAACAUCAAGAACUGGCGUACAACGUGAUGUGCUUAUUCGCUAUGUACUUCUUUCCUUUAAUAGUCAUAACUUUUUGCUACGUGUGUAUCUUUUGUGAAAUACAUACAAACUCUAAGGAAAUUUCAGGUAAAUCCGUAUCAAAUGGAACAGGCCGAAUACAGCUGAGGAGGUCAGAUCAGCGGCCACUUGUUCGCGCCAGGCGUCGUACGCUCCGUAUGACCGUCACUAUUGUCAGUGUGUUCGCUUGUUGUUGGCUUCCAUAUGCUACUAUGACUUUGUGGUACAUGUUCGAUAGACAGUCUGCCAAAGACGUGUCAGCUAAACUCCAGGAUCUGUUCUUCAUCAUGGCAGUCUCAAACUCCUGCAUGGAUCCCCUGGUUUAUGGCUCUUAUACACUGGACGCGAACACCAUCCAUCAGAAAUUAGGAAAGCUGUUUCGAGUACAUGGCAAUUCCUGUCAGACUAAUCGUAUUUCAACUAUAGAUAAAUAUGGCAGCAAGAUUACUAAGGAAACUACAGCUCGUCCGAACAAUAAUUAUUCAAAAUAUCGACGUCAUCACACCGUAGCUUUUCAAGAGAGUUCGCUUAUUGUUCCGAGCGUCAAUUCAGACCCAGCGCGGAGUUGGAAUGAGAACCAAAUGGAUCUAAAUCCUGAGAAAGUCUGUGAAGUGUUUAAUUUGCAGUCUAAGAUAGACCUGUUUGAUAAGUGA